AUGCUUGGUUUAUCAGAGACUGUGGCGAACAUGAUCCAGAACCUCCGCAUAGCAGAGCUAGACUUGUCCAAGCACUAUCGCAGACUAAUUUCUGUACAAGUUUUCAUUGCAAUGAACACGGCAACAAUCGCCCCGUUGGCGACUUUUGCAACUUUUGUGAUUAUUUCCAAAAGUACUGGUCAGCCUUUGAACACAGAGUCUGCUUAUACCUCGCUCUCACUAAUAUAUCUCCUGGUGGACCCCAUGGUUGUCGUGUUUCGUACGAUCCCAUUCGUCAGUGCUGCCCUCGCCUGCUUUUCUCGCAUUCAAAGCUAUUUGGUAUCAGAAGCUUGUACCGACUUUAGACUGCCAUUUAGCGAGCAGGAUUGUCAUUCAGUUCAAGACAUUGAGAACGAGAAUUUGCUAAUGGCAAUCUCAGCAGCCAGCUUUGGUUGGACUUCUGGAAAGCCGAGCAUCCUCAACAACAUCACGGUCAACAUUCGCAGGUCUUGCUUCACCUUCGUUAUCGGCCCCGUGGGCUCAGGAAAGAGCACCCUUCUGCGAGCUAUUCUGGGAGAAGUACCAAUACGAGCGGGUUUUAUUUACGUUGACCCCGGAAACAUUGCAUUUGUUGGCCAGGAGCCCUGGAUCCAGAACCUGACAAUACGUCAGAACAUCCUAGGCAGUACCAGCUAUGAUGCAGAAUGGUAUAAUAAAGUUGUCUACGCCUGCGGAUUGGAACAUGAUAUUGGCGAGCUUCCCAACGGAGAUACUACAAAAGCAGGAAGUGCAGGCUUUUCCUUGAGCGGCGGCCAAAAGCAGCGGCUGGCUUUAGCCCGGGCUGUCUACUCCAGGGAAAAGACCAUCCUCUUGGACGAUGUCUUUGCAGGGCAGGAUGUAGGGACUGAAGGGCACGUCUUUCAGCAUCUCUUCGCUGAGGAGGGCCUCUUCCGACAGAUGAAAGUGACUGUGAUCUGUGUCACCAAUGCCAUUCAUAGACUCGCCUAUGCUGACCAUGUAGUCGCUAUGGACAUGAGCGGUCAUGUUGUGCACCAAGGCUCAUUCUUCCAGCUUCAGCCCGAUACGGAUUAUCUGCAAGGGCUAUCGGUCGAACAGAACGGAGGGAUUGACGCGCGGGAUGCAGCCAAAGCAUUGAAACAGAACCGGCCCGAGGCUGUUCAGGGCCGAUCUGAACAGGAUGCCAAUCAGACUAGCGACGACUCUGAAUCACCCGGGCGAGUCCUCGGCGAGCUUUCCACAUAUGCGUAUUACUUUGGGUCUGUUCCCAUAUGGUACACCAUACUGUUUGCUGCCCUCACCAUUCUAUACGCAGGAGGAUUUCGAAUGACGGCACUUGUACUGAGCUUUUGGACGGAGAAUGCUCAAACAUCCAGCCAAGUCGCCAAUGAAUACUACCUCGGACUCUUUGCAAUGCUGACCGGUCUCGCCGUCUUGGGCAUUACAGGAGCAGCCUAUUUCUUCCUGGUCGUCAUGGUGGCUUUGAGCUCUGAGGCUCUUCAUGCUCGACUUCUACGUUCCGCCAUCAAUGCGUCAUUGGCCUUCUUCUCGCGCACCGACGUCGGAGUCACCACUAAUCGAUUCAGCCAGGAUAUGUCGGUGAUCGACACUGAACUGCCUUUUGCUCUAGUGGAUUUCUGCGUCAAUUUUGCCCUCAUCAUAAUGUCAGUUAUACUCAUGUGCGUCUUUUCUGGAUAUUUCGCAGCCACACUUGUGCCCUUUGUCGCUUUCUGUUGGUCUAAGUACAUACAUUCCGUUAUUGAAAACCUUAAUGUAAUACUCAUAUCAUAUGAGGCAACAGUACUGCAGAAGUUCUACGUGCGGACAACGCGGCAGAUCCGACUGUUCGAUCUAGAAGCCAAAUCUACCCUCUUCACGCAGUUCCUCGAUCUCCAGGGACUAUCGACUGUACGGGCAUUCGCGUGGGGUCCACGCUUCACCGACCAGUACCUUGACCAUCUCGACGCCUCACAAAAACCCUUCUACCUGCUCUUCUGCAUUCAGCGCUGGCUAGGCCUCGUCCUAGACCUGAUGACCGCUAUCCUCGUAACCAUCAUGAUGGUCCUAGUCGUGAAGCUCCGGGCACAACUAUCACCCCAGUACGUAGCCCUGGCAUUCGUGCAGAUAAUGACAUUCGGUCAAUCGCUAGCCCACGUCAUUCAAGACUGGACACAGCUAGAGACAUCCCUGGGUGCCGUCGCACGUAUCAAGACCUUCUGCACAGAUACAGAGUCAGAAAACAAACCCAGUGAAACUGGUAUCGUGCCCACAAACUGGCCGACACACGGCCACAUCACCAUCAAAGACCUGGUAGCAUUGUACGAUGCACAAAAUGACGAGCCUGUUCUCCGUGGCAUCACCCUCGAUAUACCAGCCGGUACAAAGGUCGGUAUCUGCGGCCGCAGCGGAAGCGGCAAAAGCUCACUUCUGGGCUGUAUCCUACGUCUCCUAGAAAUUACCACAGACUCGCGCAUCAUCAUCGACGGAGUCGAUAUCACCACCCUGCCACGGCAAACUUUACGCUCUGCAAUCGCCGUAGUGCCACAGCAUCCUUUCUUCCUGAAACACACAAGUAUCCGAGCCAAUCUUCUCCAAAAUGAACAAUACCAACAACACGAUAACAAAAUCCACCAUAUCCUCCACCGCCUCAAGCUAACCGACCUAGUAAAUAGACUAGGAGGCCUGGACAGUCCACUAGAAGCAGAUCAACUCUCCCAAGGCCAGCGCCAGCUCUUAUGCAUUGCCCGGGCCAUACUAUCCCGCAAGCGGAUCAUUCUCAUAGACGAAGCGAGCAGUCAUGUAGAUGAGAGGUCCGAGGCACUUAUUGGGGAUGUUAUGCGUGCCGAAUUCGCGGGUUGCACUGUGAUUACUGUUGCGCAUCGUCUUGGUGCUAUUGUGGAUUGUGAGCGGGUUGCUGUUCUGGGUGGUGGAAGGGUUUUGGAGUGGGAUUGUCCUCAGGCUCUUUUGGGAAGGGAUAGUGAGUUCAAGAGGCUUUGGGAUCUCGGUUAG